ACGAUUUGUAUCAGAACACAAAGCGAGUCUUGAUACUUAAUUCUACCAGCUUUUAUAGAUUUUUCUCCACAAAUCCAUAAAAGCAUCAACCAUAGUUCGGAAUUUAAGUUAGCGUGUGGCUUAGUCAUAGCAAAUAAUUAAACAAAUUUAUCUCCUUUGAGAUUUUGCUAAAAUUUGAGAAUUGUUUUUGUGACCAGUGUUUUUUUUUAUUUUCUUUGCGAUAACUUUGACAACCCCAGCCCAUGUUGGAGUAAAGCGAAAGAAAAACAAAAACUGUGGUGUAGAAGUUUGAAAAGCAGUUUACAAUAUAUUCAGGCUACAGUCAUAAUGCGAAAACAAUCUAAAAACAUACUCCUGGACCGGCUUCAUCGGGGCGCCGUCUACACCUGCAUGGGAGUGACCCUGUGGGCCAGCUACGUGAUAGGAGCGCGGUUGUACCAUUAUUUCACCGUGGUUAAACCGGCGCGGAAGGCAGAAGAAUUGCGAAUGUUGGAAGCGGGUGCUGGUACAGGACCGGCCCUAGCGUCCACCGCUACAGGUCAGCUUGACACGGCACCGACGUUAAGGUCGUAAACACCGUAUAGCCCGGCGCUGUUGUAUGUUUUGUGAUUGCUAGUUUGAAGAUACCAUUAUAUAAUGAUACAAUAAAAGAUGAAAUCUAUUCCAUAA